UCCAAUGAUCAACUGCUAUUCCAAUGUAAUUGAUUUCUCAUUAUCAUCGCCAAUAAAAACCCUAAAAUGUGUCAAACUCUCGUGAUCACGAGUGUCACAUGAACAUCAAUUCCAUGCAUUCGUCAGUAAUUAAUAGUGAUAGUUAGUGGAGCUGGGUAAUUUACGUGAUUGGUAAAAAAUCUUAAUCAGUACAGUGUCAGUCCCAUUCUAUUUUGGUACGCUGCUGGUGACUGAAGGAUCACAAUACUUAACCCAAACGUGAGAAUGAUGGACCUUUUUCAAGAUCAUAUUCAUUGACUCGGAGUUGUAACGCUGAUUGUUGAGACUUAAUGGGACUAUUGGGGGUUCAGUAAUCACGAAUAAUGUCAUGGAGUGCUCACUGUCAACGGAGAUGCCUGACUGCCUCGACACUAUUGACAGUCGAUGCAUCAGUAAAUUAUUACGAACCGAUUGCACGAGUCCUGCGUCUGUAAACACCAGCUCGCACUCCAAUUCAUCACAGGAAUCAUCACCAAAACAUCACCAUGAGGGGAGGAAUUUUUUAUCUAGCUGUCAAAUGGAAGUGUCGAAGCUGAUGUUGUUGAUGAAUUUUUUAAAGAAUUUAUUACUAGUAUCUAAGCGAUCCAAUGAUUUUUGGAGAGAGAGUGUGGCACCGAUCAUGAGGUUAUCACUGGCAGUCACAGUGAUACUCGUGAUUGUGCAGCUAUUACCGGUGACCAGUGCCACUCAGCCACUCGGCAAUCCGUACCAGAUCCUCGGGGUCCACAGGCGUUCGACACUCCAGGACAUCAAGAAGGCGUACAAGAACCUCGUGAAGGAGUGGCAUCCUGACAAAACCGAUCAUCCCGAUGCUGAGGACAAGUUCGUGGAGAUUACUAAGGCUUAUGAACUCUUGUCGGACCCUGAGAGACGCAGGAAUUUCGAUAAUCAUGGGAUUACUGAGGAGGGAUCCUCCAGAUUCAGACGAGAGAACAGCCACUUUCAGAUGCCCGAUCCACUCGAGGAUCUCCUUGGGGCGAAUUUCAAGUUUCAUUACCAAAGUCGAGAUAUAUCGUUUUAUCACAAGAUGAGUGUGACGUACAGAAUGUACGAGCAUAUAAUCCUCCCAAAGAGCUUCCGCACGCCGUACCUAAUGCUCUUCUACUCGGAAUGGUGUUUCACCUGCAUCCAGAUCGAGCCGACCUGGCGUCGCCUGAUGGACGAGCUGGAGCCGCUGGGUGUGACGUUCGUCACAGUGCACGGCGAGCGAGAGCCAGCCUUCAAGCGACGAGUGGGCGUCCACUCGAUCCCCUGCCUAGCGGUGACGAUGGACGGUCGCACAAGCAUCUACAAGGAGUCCCUGUUCAACGUCCCCAAGAUAGUUGAGUUCCUCCGCAACAAAUUCCCCUACAAGCUCAUCCCCAAGAUAACGAACAACAACGUCGACCACUUUUUAUCGGGCUGGAAGGACAACAGAAUUCGCGCCCUCAUAUUCGAGAAGAAAGACUCCCAGAGGCUGCGCUACCUGCUGGUGGCAUUCCACCACAGGGACAGAGUGGCAUUUGGUUUCGUGCAGGUUGGCAAGCCGGAGACUGAGGCCAUCACCACGAGAUAUAAAAUCUCAGGGGAUUUAAACACCUUGCUGCUGUUCAACGAGAACUCUGAGAAGCCCAUGGCAUCAGUCAGCAUGAAGGACAUCUCCAGUGAAACAAUGCACAACGUCAUUGCGAAUAACAAAUUCCUGGUGCUGCCUAGGCUAUCGAAUCAGGCCAUGUUGGACUCUGUGUGCCCCCCAGAGUGGCUUCGACCCCAGAAACGACUGUGUGCAGUCCUCAUCUCCCAGAACAGCGCCAUCCACGACCUAGCUAGGCACAGGUUCAGGCAGGCAGCUCUGGAGUCCCCGUACAGUCCAGAGAGAGUGAGAUACACUUACGUCUACAAGGAGUCCCAGCCCCAGUUUGUGUCUGCCCUGUGCGCCGGUGAGGGCAGCCCUCUGGAGCCCCUCCUGCACAUUGUCAUCAUCUGGAGGAGGGAUGCCAAUCACCUGAAGUACGAGUGGCUGUCGAGUGGAUGGCUAGACGCAGCUGAGGACGAGAACAAGUGGAACGAGACGAGGAGAAAACUGGAGCAGACCAUCCAGCGACUGCUGAGGAUCACUGAGGCCCUUCCCUACGCCGCUAAGGUGGAGGAGCUUGCUGAUGAACAUGCUCAGGGAACUGUCGACAGACUCAUUGGAAGGGCUCUCCUCGCUGUGGACUACAUCUCUGAUAAUCUGACGAAGGAGCAAAUUCUCCCCCUCAUUUCGGUGAUCGCUUCGUUGUUGUUUAUUGGAGCUGCUGGGUAUGGGGUGUCUUACUUGGUGAAGCUGGAGGAGUUGAGUGUGCAGAGCAAACAGAGUCAGUUCAAUAAGGAGAAUUCCAAGGGGAAUUCCACUCAGCCACAGUUGAGGCUGCAUGACAUGAGGGCUGAGAAGUAUAAUGGGCUUGUGAGACUGCUGAAGCCUGGCUGCAGGACAAUUAUUCUGAUUGUCGACGCCCAGAGCAGACUGAAGCUGCUUCCUGCGUUCCAUCGGGCUGUCUGGCCUUACAGGAAAAAUAAGACACUAAUGUUCGGACACUUGUCCCUGGAACGUGGACUCGAGUGGUACAAGAAAAUCCUCUCCCUGAGUCUCCCAGAGCCAAAAGAAUUGAAUAUCAAUCCAAAAAAUUGUGUUGGCACUGUAUUGGCAUUGAAUGGGCAUAGGAAGUAUUUUUGUAUGUACCAUGCAAAGCAUCCGGAAUGUAGUAAAGGAAAAGGAGCGAAGCGAAUGGAACGAAUGACGAAACAUUUGAGUCGACGGAAUGAGGAUGCGGAGGCUGGAGCAUUCAUAGGAUUCGACAGCUCUAGUGACUCUGAAAUGUCACAAGAUGAGUUGGAUAACAGUGUUUUGUACCAAGACAGACUUUUAGAUGGUCUGCCCAACUGGCUAGAUAGAUUAUUCGAAGGUUCAACGCAACGCUAUUACAUUAAUUAUUGGCCAGAUUUCACUGCCAAAUAAGACGAGGUUUGUUGUACGUUCAUUCACAACGUAUAAAUGCCUUUUAACUGUAAUGAAACUACAUACAGGUGUCUUGAAUCUAGUCAUUGAAGUGAAGUAAAACGGAUAUUUGUUGAUACCAAUAAAAUUAAGUUUAAAGCCCACCGUAAACACAUGAUUAGGGGAGGCUGGGGCAAAAUGGACACUUGGCAUUUUUUCCAAUUUAAAACUCAGUUAUUAUGACUCAGAAAGAAAAAUUAUCCCAUUUAAAAUCGUCGUUAACAUCUGAAAAAGCCAAGGGCUCAUUUUAUCCGACUUAUCCCUGCAUAUUUCACCACUAAGGAGUAACGUUAAAGUUCAUAAAGAUGUUAUAAUUUCCCAUAAAUCUGUAUAGGUAAAUUAAUAAUUUAUAUUCUAUCGUAAAUAAUCAUCAGGACCUGCCGAAGAGGUGUAAAGGACCUCGACUGAUACUAACCUAUACAGCAGUUAAUUUAAUUCUGAAAAUUACUAAACAUUCGUCAUCUUUCACUUUGUUUCUUUCAUUCUUUUCGUGAUCAACACAGUCUAGUCAAUAAAUGUGUUCAUUUAAUGUAGGGUAAUCCUUCUCUUCGGCAGAACCACGAUUAUUUGCAUGUUAAUUUACAAUUGCGUGAAUUUUACCGCAGAGUUGUGAAUUCUGAAUGAUAUAUGUCAUUGGUUCCAUCAUUGUACUUGUCUGUGUACGAAGAUACCACUGAUUAAUACGUUUGAACAUGAAUAUGUCUGGAGAAAUGAACUUGAAAAUCGAUUCGUGAAAUUUUCAAAGUAUAAUUAAUUCUCAAAAGGCAAGGGGAUUACUUCAUUUCAUACUAUUAAAGCAGGCAAAAAUCGGUGAUUAUAAAAAAUCUCGUUAUCGAUUGGAAAUUGGGAUCAAGGCACUCCAACCAAACGAAUCAAUCGCAUUUAACUACUGUCAGCCGACUCAAUUGACCAGGGAGAACAUAAUAUUUCUGAAAUUUUUAAUCUACACCUACGAUUUAAACAAAAAUCGCAUUCUCAACUCUAAUUCUCCAAUAACUUCAGUUCCCAACAUUAAUUAAGAACGAAGUAUAGAUAGGAAAUUUCGAUUUGAUAUAGUUAUUCCGUAAUUUCAUGAAUUAUAAACUAAUGUUUACGUUACACGAUUUAUCUGUUGCUUGAAGGGAAGAAAAAAAAACAAGGGUAAUUUAAUAGAAAUCAAAUAUUUCUCGACAAUCUUCUACCCAUUAAUAAAUUGCAAUGAAAAUUACUAAAAGCUGAAUAGAUUAAAUCGAGAAUGCGUUAAUGCCUCAUUCCUUCUUCUUCUGCCUCGUUAUCAAUCUUCAGUAGUUACAGUACCAGUUAUUUUAGAGGAACAAAUUGUCAGCAGGGAUUUCUUAGAUAAAUUGAAUACGUUUAAAGAGUUAAAGAAAAUCAUAAGACGAUUAAAUCUAAGAAAUUGUGCGUUGAGAUUGUGCUAUGCAUGAUCAACACUCGCAGGACCUUUAUACAAAUUUAAUAUCGCACCACGAUCCUGUCUUCACUUUGGUGAAAUCUCUAGCAAAAAAAAAUAAUAAUAAAACGAUAAAAAGUAUGAGUGAUAAAAUAGAAUUAUUACCCAUUUGGAGAAAAGAUGCGGCACGUAAUUAAAAUAAAUGAUAACUAUUGAAAGAACACUUACCUAAACGUCCCUAAAGUUUUUUAUGUAUAUACUAUCGAGGAGUUGUAAUAUCUAGACGAUUACCAUCUCAAUGACUUUAUACAGUGAAAUUAUUAAAUAAAAAUUAUACCGAAAUUCCAGUUACCUAGAAAGAAUAAAUUAUAACGAAUUAUACACGAGAUUUUUAUUGAUAAAGUAAUUAAAGACGAGAGAAUACCCAGAAAAUGCACAGUAUACGCUUUUGUUAAGAAAAUUGCGCACAAAUUUACACGAUUAUUUGGGUAAAACGACGAAAUAACGAACUCGAGGACUCGUUUCAUCAUAGUUUAUUAUUCAAAUUUAUUCUUACAUAUUUACUGCAGCGGCGAGGGGGGUGGGGGCGGGAUUACUUGCGAGAUUAUUACCAUUUCCGAAAUAUGAGAAAAAAAGGUAUCUCUAUGUAUACGGGCAUCAGAACUUGGUCGAUUAUAUUUCGACGUAAAAUGUAAAUACAAUUGAGAUGAAAUAAAAAAAGGGAUAUUGUAAGAAAUGCUGGAUUCCCCCUUUCAUCGGGUGGAGAAUUAUUAAAGUUUCGAGAGAAAUUGCAUGAUUUUAGUCGCAAAAAAAUGUCAGAUUCAUGAUUAUAAUGGUUAAUUAAAAGGGCAUUGCAGUUGAA